AUGUUGGCCCACCACCUCAAGUUCAACAAGAUGCAGCUGCUCUUCCUCCCAGGAAAGGCCUGCCUGCUCAAAGAACUCUCCAUCAUGGUUGACAUCGCCACAGUGUCGCCCUCUGAGUGUGAAGACACAGGGACUGACCACUCAAGUAGCGCAGAUCUUAAGCACCAGGCAGCCGUCAACAACCCACUUUCAGUACACUCAACGACUGAGCCAGAGGAGCAAGAAGAGGGGGCCGGGGACAGCAUCAGCAGCAGCGUCGGAACUUCAGCCACACAUGACCCCUCGCCUCACAAACGGCGGCGCUCGGAUCACGGUUGCGCCAAGCCGCGACGCGCCAGGACUGCCUUCACAUACGAACAACUGGUGGCCCUGGAGAACAAAUUCCGCUCUACGAAAUACCUGUCAGUGUGUGACAGACUCAACCUGGCUCUGUCCCUCAGCCUCACCGAGACGCAGGUCAAGAUCUGGUUCCAGAACAGAAGAACCAAGUGGAAGAAACAGAACCCGGGCGCGGACAGCACGAUGUCGCCUGGGUCGAACUCUUUGGUCAGCGUCAACCCAUGUCCUGUGACUUGUGUCUCGAGUUCAGCCAGUUACCAAACUUUCCCGUCCUUCAGCUCUGGGAAUAUGAUCUUCCACACUGCCGCGGUUCCUUUGUCGUCCACUGGAGGGCUGUUACAUCACUUCUUGCCCAAUGGUUAUCAUCUCCAGCCGUCCUACUUUACCCCACAUUUAUGA